AUGGCUCAGCGAUGCAGCCAGAGGGUCGUGAUGCCGACACGACUAGCUGGUGUGCCACGUAGCGUGUAUGAAUCGACAUCUACACCUGUUGGUCUCUGGCGGGCGAUGCUGCUCGUCCGAUCGUCAGCAUGCAAGUUGUAUGCCCUCCCCGUAGGCUUUAUGCCGGUGAUAGAGUCGAUCUCGAAAAAAGUCGUCGACACCGAGUUUCCACCGCGUUAUCUUUCCAAGGCGUCUCGGAACUCGAUCUUCAAGAAGCAACGCAUAGACGUUGAACUCUCCUGCGCGGACACUGCCCUUCCUCCGCUUGCCGAAGAUGCCGAGGCGGAGGCGUGCAGUGGAUAUAUCCCUCCCACCCAGCGUGCCGUGCAAGAAGCAAACGAGGAUCUCGAUCAAGAUGGCGGAAGCAAAGUCGUAGACAUUCCUGACAUGUGUCUCAUUUUUCCAGACGAUGGAUAUCUCGAGGUCUUCUCCGCAGGUAGAGAAGGAGUCCGUCGUUCAUGUGGUCACGAAGUUCUUGGUACCGCAGCUUGCAGCGUUACGCCCGAACCUAUCGACUAUGAGGGCCUUACCGCACAGCUCACUCAGGCGGUCAAGCCUCAUAUAUCUCAACUCAUCGAUUUCGCACCGGACAAGCGGGGGACAGCAGGCCUCAUCGUUGACAGUUUCAUCCCUAUCCUGCGUUCCUUGCAUGCAGAAUUCCCUACGUUCGACGCGACGCGAAGACUUAUCGUUGGUAGGCUUGCUACCGAGCUUGGGGGCCCGGUGCGUGGACUAUGCAACGAGUUCGUCGUGAAACUCGAACUGCCAGAUGUAUUCUCGUCGUCGUUGUGCAUUUGCAAGAAAGGCCUGUACCGCGCCGUCCGCGGGCCGAUCUUGUAUGCCUCGCGAGAUGGUUCGUGCAUCUGGGAUGAGGAUGCCGUGCGGUUGGAUCAGUUGAAGGUGGCGUUGAAGAACGUGGGAUUCUCGAAAAGACAUGUCGCGCAGAAGUGCCAGCUGGUUGCUGCUAUUCUCCAUCUGGGUAACCUGGAAUUCCAUACCGAUCGCUCUCGCAACGAAGACGCUGCUGUCGUGGGCAACACGGAUGUCCUCGAUAUCGUCGCAGAUUUCUUGGACGUGCAGCCGGAAGCUUUGGAGGCUGCGCUAUCGUACAGAACGAAGAUGGGGAAGAAGGAACUAUGUACAAUCUUCCUGGAUCCCGACGGUGCCUCUGAUAACCGAGACGAACUCGUGAAGCCGCUAUACUCCCUCCUGUUUGCAUGGUUGAACGAACACGUCAACCAACGCCUUUGCCACGACGACUUCAAUAUGUUCAUCGGACUGUUUGACUUACCCGGCCCCCAGAACAUGACUAGCCGGCCGAACUCCCUAGAUCAGUUCUGCGUCAACUUCGCUAACAAGCGGUGUUUCCCCCACAAUCACGCACAGCAUGUGGUCGAGCUCGCUGCCAGGCGCUACGUUGAGACGGUCGUUGUGCAAGGUCGCCCGGAGCGAGUUGUCGCAUAUGACGUCGCCUUCGUAGGAAUGGUCAUUCCUGGGGAUGAGCUUCGGAUGAAGACCAGGCACAGCGACAUACAGGAUGGCAACACUGUUGUCAAGGUCGAGACAUUCAAUGACAAGGGUUCCCAAGAGCAGGGUAUGGCUAUGGACUUCUAUAAGUCCGCUCCAGCUGCUCGAUCUGUCUGGGAUGCUGCCGAUAUUCAUCUUACUGCUGUCUAUGGCUUCUCUAUUAUUGAGAUCGUCAAGGACAACCUGGAGGAGAAGACUAUCCAUUUUGGUGGCAUCAAGGGUCAGGCCAUGCAGCAGCGGCACAUGUAUAUGAACUACGACAAUAUAGACGGGGACGGUAGCGUGAAGACUCUUCUGCUACACAUUCAGUCAUCUAUCUGGACUCUUGUGUGCCACACAGUUUGGCCGAUCGCGCAAGUCAUGACCGAACGUGCCGUCUUCGAGGACAUGCGUUCGAAAGACUUCGUUUGA